AUGGCGACUCGGAAACUAGACUGCUUGUGGCCAGUGCCAGCGGACAUCGACAUUGCUCAGAGUGUCGAUGCCCAGCCGAUCACGCGCAUCGCCGAGUCCGCCAGCAUCCUUCUCUCGGAGCUGAAUCCGUACGGCAGCACUCGCGCCAAGGUGAAGUUGAGCGUCUUGAGGCGUUUGGAGAGCAGUCCAAAUGGCAAAUACGUCGUGGUGGCGGGCAUGAACCCCACCCCGUUGGGGGAAGGAAAGAGCACCACCACGAUCGGCCUCGCCCAGGCGCUCGGUGCACAUCUACACCGACCCUGUUUUGCAUGCAUCCGCCAACCGUCUCAAGGACCGACCUUCGGCAUCAAGGGUGGUGCCGCGGGGGGCGGCUAUAGCCAAGUGAUUCCGAUGGAAGACUUCAACCUGCACGGCACAGGGGACAUACACGCUAUCACCGCAGCGAACAACCUCCUUGCCGCCGCACUCGACACCCGCAUCUUCCACGAGCGGACACAGGACGACGCCGCGCUUUACCGACGUCUCACGGCCGAGCUGAACGAAUUCACGCCAAUUAUGCAGAAGCGGCUUCAUAAGCUCGGCAUACACAAGACGGACCCCAAGGCGCUGACGCAGGAGGAGCGCGUCUCCUUUGCGCGACUAGACGUCAACCCCGAUACUAUUUCGUGGCGCCGGGUCACCGACGUCAAUGACCGCUUCCUGCGCGAAAUUGAGAUUGGGCUGGGCAAGGCAGAAAAGAGCAUCACCCGGCGCACGGGCUUCGACAUUUCGGUCGCGUCCGAGGUGAUGGCAAUCCUGGCACUGGCGGACGAUUUGGCUGACAUGCGUCAGCGCCUGGGCGCGAUCCAGGUGGCCAAAAGCAAGGCAGGAGCACCGGUGACGGCUGAGGAUGUGGGCUGUGCUGGCGCCAUGGCGGUACUGAUGAAGGAUGCGAUUGAACCGACACUGAUGCAGACGCUGGAGGGGACCCCUGUGCUGGUGCAUGCGGGCCCCUUUGGCAACAUCGCACACGGAAACAGCAGCGUCGUUGCCGACCGCAUCGCCCUCAAGCUGGCCGGUGUGAACGGAUUUGUAUUGACGGAGGCCGGUUUCGGGGCCGAUAUGGGCUGUGAGAAGUUUUUCAACAUCAAGUGCCGCACGAGCGGGCUGAAGCCGGAUGCGGCGGUGCUCGUGGCGACGGUGCGCGCACUGAAGUUCCACGGCGGAGUGGAUCCAAAGAAUGCUGCCCAGGAGAACGCGGAGGCCUUGCGUACCGGCAUGAGCAACCUCCUUCGACACAUUCAGAACAUUCGCAAGUUCGGGGUGCCGGUGGUGGUGGCGCUGAACCAGUUUAGCACCGACACGGCGGCGGAGCUGGAGCUGGUGAAGGAACUGGCGAUGCAGGAAGGCGGUGCGGCGGCCGUUGUAGUCACUAACCACUGGUGCAAAGGCGGCGCCGGGGCUGUCGAGCUUGCCCAGGCGCUCAUCCACGUCACGGAGACGACGCCGUCGAACUUUCAGCUGCUCUACCCAAACAGCGCGUCGCUCAAGGAGAAGAUCGAGACGGUGUGCCGCGAGAUCUACGGCGCCGCCGGUGUGGAGUACCUCAACAACACAGAGGAGAAGCUAGCAGACUUCGAGAGGAUGGGCUACGGCGACUUUCCCGUAUGCAUGGCGAAGACGCAGUACAGCUUCUCGCACAAUCCCGAGCUGCGCGGGGCGCCGACCGGCUUCACGGUCCCCAUUCGCGACGUCUGCGUCAACUGCGGUGCGAGGUUUGUGUUCCCUCUAUUGGGCGACAUCUCCACAAUGCCUGGUCUCCCAACGCGACCGGCAUACUACAACAUUGACAUCGACUGUGAGACGGGCAAGAUUGUGGGCCUUUCGUAG